GUCCCCGUGUCUGACUCUCGGUGGACGGCCUGCCAGCAUGAGGAGAAUCCUCCCUUGUUUCUGGAGCAAGAGGCGGGCCUUUGGAAAGCAGGAAUGCACUGGAAGUUUUCCUGCAAACUCUCCUUCACACAUUGUAAGGCGUCCGUCCCACGUCCCGCUAUGGACAUGUGGCCGCUGGUGCUCCUGUUUGUCCAGCUCUGCUUCUGCUCCGGCUAUGAAGGGUCAGGACAGUACACUUAUGGAGACGAUGAGGACUGGUAUUCACGUAGAUAUAAAGGGACCCCGUGGUGUGCACCUAUUAAGGUGAAACAUGGUGAUGUGAGCUGUCGCACACCCAGAGGGGAGCACUACAGGAACGUAAUGGGGACGCGUUGUAAAAUCCGCUGUAAACGGGGAUAUGAAGUCCAGAGCACGGAGGUGGUGUGUAUGGCAAGCAAACACUGGUCCUCCAACUAUGCUUGCCGAGAGAUCCGCUGUCCUAAGUUAGACAUGCCCAUUAACGGAGGCUACAAGUGUUCAGAUGGCUCCUACUUCAGCUCUCGCUGUGAGUUCUUCUGCUCCCCUGGAUUUACUCUCAAGGGCCAGAAAACGGCAACCUGCCAGCACAACAAAGCGUGGAGCGCCGCAGUCCCCACAUGUGUUGAUAUUGAUCCCCCAAAAAUUAAGUGUCCCAGUGUGAAGGAUAAGUGGGCUGAACCAGGCAAGCUGACAGCGAGGGUGACUUGGGACACGCCAGAGGGUAUCGACACGGCAGACGGCAUCCUUACAGAUGUUACCCUGAAAGGAAAACCCUCAAAAUCUGACUUCCCAGAAGGCCUUCAUAAGAUGUCCUACACUAUAUUUGACCGAGCUGGGAACAAAGGAUCUUGCCAUUUCUCUGUCAGAGUACGAGUGCGCCGCUGCAGCCCGCUGACUCCCCCAGACAAUGGCUACAUGAAAUGUGACAGUGAUGGAGACAACUACGGGGCCACCUGUGAAUUCACCUGCACCGGUGGCUACGAGCUGCAGGGUAGCGCUGCCAGAGUUUGUCAGUAUGGACUCACCUGGUCUGGCUCGGAUACAAACUGUGCACCUAUGAACAUUAACGUGGGAGUGCGUACAGCUGCUGCACUGCUGGACCAGUUCUACGAGAAGCGACGGCUGCUCAUUAUCUCUGCACCAACUGCUGCCAAUCACAAUUACCGCUUCCAGAUGACUAACCUACAGCCCGCUCAGUGUGGAUUGGACCUGAGACAUGUGACAGUUAUUGAGCUUAUUGGGACCUACCCAGCACAAAUAGGCCGAAUUCGACACAGGCUGCUUCCCCCAGGACUGGCCCUGCAGCUCAGGCUACUGCUCCGGAUUCCUCAGAGGUCUUUCCAAAUGGUGGUUGUAGACAAGCAGGGCAUAGACAAGCAGCGCUACCCAUUUCCCAUCACAGCGGCUGAAUUAUUCACCACCAUUGACACCUUUCCCCUCCGCAAGGAUGAAAUGGUGUUACAGCAGGAGGCAGGCCAAACCUGUCAAUCAUAAACCAUGGACUGUCAGCCAUCUUUGAUCCUUUUCCUCCCUCAUCACAGCAGAAAAAGCAAGUCUCAGAUCAUAUGUUUUCAUCCACAUGUCACACACUCCUACAUGAACUCAUUCUGUCCUGUAUCCAGUGUGUGAGCAUGUGUGUGUCAUCUUCAAAGGUGUGGAUGUCAGUCAUGGUGUUGAUCUGAGGCUGGUCUAGAUUGAAACAAUCCCACCGUACAUUACAGUCACAUUGAUUCCUGUGUUUAUCUGAGUGUUUUGCUAUUUUUUUAAUAUUUUCAAACCAGAAAUAUAUUUUACUAUUUUGUACAAAAAGUCUGGAAAACUUUUAGCCUUUUUUAAUAUUUAUGUCUCAUGUCUUUAAUAAUGAUGUACCCUGUGUUUUAUGCACAGUGCUUCUGUGCGUUCGAGUGGGUUUACAAAACACUGAUUAAAUAUUUGUCAUGCA